GCGGCGGCGGCAGCGGCGGCGGCGGCUGCGGCGACCACUGCUGCAGUGACGGUCUGGAAGCGGCAGCAGAGGAGGAGGAGAGCACUGGCCGCAGGUCAACAAAACCCAGUUACUUAAUUGCUGGAUCUUCCCUGCCAACAUGGGGGAGCUUUUCCGCAGUGAAGAGAUGACGCUGGCACAGCUUUUUCUGCAAUCUGAAGCUGCUUAUUGUUGUGUCAGUGAAUUAGGAGAACUUGGGAAAGUUCAGUUUCGGGAUUUAAAUCCAAGUGUCAAUGUAUUCCAACGGAAAUUUGUUAAUGAAGUUCGGAGAUGUGAAGAAAUGGACCGUAAACUCCGGUUUGUUGAGAAGGAGAUAAGAAAAGCCAAUAUUUCUGUCCUGGACACAGGUGAAAACCCAGAGGUGCCUUUGCCCCGGGACAUGAUUGACCUAGAGGCAAACUUUGAGAAGAUUGAAAACGAACUGAGAGAAAUCAACACAAACCAGGAAGCUUUGAAGAAAAACUUCCUGGAACUGACGGAAUUAAAAUAUAUACUACGCAAAACUCAGCAGUUUUUUGAUGAGGCUGAAUUGCAUCAUCAGCAGAUGGCGGAUCCAGAUCUGUUGGAGGAGUCAUCAAACCUGCUGGACCCAAAUGAGAUCGGGAGAGGCACACCCUUACGACUUGGCUUUGUGGCUGGUGUGAUUAACCGAGAGCGCAUGCCUACUUUUGAGCGUAUGCUGUGGAGAGUAUGCCGGGGGAAUGUAUUCCUGCGUCAAUCUGAAAUCGAGAACCCCCUGGAGGAUCCUGUGACUGGAGACAACGUGCACAAGUCUGUAUUUAUCAUUUUCUUCCAAGGAGAUCAACUAAAAAAUAGAGUCAAGAAAAUCUGUGAAGGGUUUCGAGCUUCACUCUAUCCCUGCCCAGAGACACCACAGGAGAGAAAGGAAAUGGCGUCUGGAGUUAACACCAGAAUCGAUGACCUUCAAAUGGUUCUGAACCAAACAGAGGAUCAUCGACAGAGGGUCCUCCAGGCAACUGCUAAAAAUAUCCGUGUUUGGUUCAUCAAAGUUCGGAAGAUGAAGGCCAUCUACCAUACCCUGAACAUGUGUAACAUUGAUGUAACCCAGAAGUGUCUGAUUGCUGAGGUCUGGUGUCCUGUCACUGAACUAGAUUCUGUUCAGUUUGCUCUCAGGAGAGGCACGGAGCGCAGUGGUUCUACAGUGCCCUCCAUUCUGAAUAGGAUGCAGACAAACCAGACUCCUCCAACUUACAACAAAACCAACAAAUUUACAUUUGGCUUUCAGACCUUGGUAGAUUCUUAUGGCAUUGGAAAAUACCGGGAGAUCAAUCCAGCUCCCUAUACCAUCAUCACUUUCCCUUUCCUAUUUGCUGUCAUGUUUGGAGACUUUGGCCAUGGGAUUUUGAUUACUCUUUUUGCUGUGUGGAUGGUGCUGCGAGAAAGCCGAAUCCUCUCCCAGAAAAGUGACAAUGAGAUGUUUAGCACUGUGUUUAAUGGCCGGUACAUCAUUCUGCUGAUGGGUAUAUUCUCCAUCUAUACUGGACUUAUCUACAAUGACUGCUUUGGCAAAUCAAUUAAUCUAUUUGGGUCAUCUUGGAGUGUCCGAGCAAUGGUACAGAAUAAUUGGACGAAAGACGAAAUAACUCAGAAUCUAGUACUCCAGUUAGACCCGGCGGUCAAAGGUGUAUUCUCUGGACCCUACCCUUUUGGCAUCGAUCCGAUGUGGAACUUGGCUCCGAAUAAAUUGAGUUUCCUUAACUCGUAUAAGAUGAAAAUGUCUGUCAUCCUUGGUAUUAUCCACAUGGUAUUUGGUGUUUCUCUCAGCCUCUUCAACCAUAUCUAUUUCAGGAAGCCUAUGAAUAUCUACCUUGAAUUCAUUCCUGAAAUUAUCUUCAUAACCUCAUUGUUUGGCUACUUGGUCAUCCUCAUUUUUUACAAAUGGAUAGCCUAUGAUGUUCAUUCUUCUAAGGAUGCCCCAAGCCUUCUGAUCCAUUUUAUAAACAUGUUUCUUUUCUCCUACUCGGGGAAAGUUAUUAAUGCACUUUAUACUGGGCAGAAAAAAAUUCAGUGCUUUCUGGUAGUGGUUGCAAUACUGUGUGUUCCAUGGAUGCUGAUUUUUAAGCCAUUGUUACUUCGUCAUCAGCAUUUAAAGAGGAAGCAUUUGGAAGGGCAGCCUGUGGAGGCCCCAGUCAGUCCAGUCCAGAACGAGCAGGGACUAGAAGCAGCAGCGGCUGCAACAGGAACUCACAACUUUGGUGGGAUCAGGGUGGGCAACGGACCGACUGAGGAGGAUGCUGAGAUUAUUCAGCAUGACCAGCUCUCCACCCAUUCAGAGGACGCAGAUGAGCCUACGGAGGAUGAAGUGUUCGACUUUGGUGACAUCGUGGUGCAUCAGGCCAUCCACACCAUUGAAUAUUGCCUGGGCUGCAUCUCUAACACAGCCUCCUAUCUUCGACUCUGGGCCCUCAGCCUUGCUCAUACACAACUAUCUCAUGUGCUCUGGAAUAUGGUGAUGCGUAUAGCCUUCCAUCAGAAAAAUAUAGGAGGAAGUUUUGUCCUAGUCUUCUUCUUUUUAGGAUUUUCUGUGUUGACUGUUGCCAUCCUCCUAGUAAUGGAAGGCCUUUCUGCUUUCCUCCAUGCUUUAAGGCUGCACUGGGUUGAGUUCCAGAAUAAGUUCUACGUUGGGACUGGCAUCAAGUUCGUCCCCUUCUCCUUUGAACACAUCCGUGAAGGGAAGUUUGACGAAUGAGCAGUGGCCCAGGCCGUCACGAUUGAUAUGCCCCAUCCCCCACCAUGAUGCUUAGCUCUUCUCUCCAGUCCAUGUGUGUGUUGUGAUCCCCGAGACCUGGCUACCCCUGAAGCUCUCUGGCCAUCGAUGGAAGUCAUGUAGACUGUGAUUGCUCCCCUGUUCCGUUCCUGCUCCCUCCAGUUUUGUGUUCGUGAAGAGCAGCACAGCCAUGGUUCUGAUGUAGCUCCUGAGCAGAGAGCCCAGUUACCUUCCCAGCCUCCUGCCUGUUAGACUCUAGAGAGGCAAUGGCGGAAGACUCUUCCCUCACCUUUCCCAAUCUGUGAUUCACUACCCUUCUUGCUUUUGUACCCAAGCAGCUGGAACAGCUGUUAGGGAGAGUUGACAUAAUUUUUCCCCUUCUCCUCUUAUUACAUGGAGGGAACAAUAGAUUCCCGCUCCUGAUAUGUGUGCCCUAUACCUUUAACAAGAAUUAAUGGAGGAAUUCCCAAAUCUCAGAAGGAAAAACUUCCCAUAAACUCAUCACCAGAUGUGGGAAGAUGGAGAUUUCGUUCCUCCCUCCUAGAGCCCUUCAGCCAUGAACCUUUAGAGGUUUUGUUGCAAUCUGGAGCUCAAAUGGAGCAGAAAGAGGGUAGGAGUGGCCUGGGCCUACGACCAAGAACUCCACCCUCUUGACUCCCAGAAAUACACGUGUCCUAAGGAGGUUGUUUUACCCAGAUUUCUAAAUCCCUCCCCUCCACACACAUUUGCCAUCCCUCUACUAGGUUCAAAGUGCAGAAAAGGAAUUCCUCAGGGCAAGAAUCCUUGCUUUCUGCUUAACCCACUGGGAUCUCCUUCUCCCCACUACCCCCAUCUCUUUACUGCUUUGGAGGUAUGGGGACAGCUGAACACUUAUUUUGCACUGAGAACCUGUUUGGAACUGGAGUAGAGCCCCAAAGAUCCUAACUCCUUUCCUCUACAAUCAUGCUAUUUUGGUAUGAACUAUGGCCACCCACCCUGAUUCUGUUGGUAGGGCUGGUGGACCUGCCUUGUUUCUCAGAAAUCUUGUCCCUGUCUCUUCCCACUAUUUCAGAAAUGGCUAUAGUUGAGCAUGGAAAGUGGUGCCAGGGAAGGGUUGCUAAAUGGAGAUCAGUGAACUAUAUACCUCUGGAGGAUAUGUUCCCCCCUUGACCCACACUAGGCCAUCAGAUUUAUGGCCUUUUAAUCAUGUGUUGGCACAGUGGCCCCAAUAGCCAUGACAGUUGUAGCUAAAUUGGCAUCUGUCCUCAUAUGUUCCCUAAAUUGGCUAACGGUAUCUUUGCUAUCACCCCCAACCUUUACAAAUAAAUGAAGUUAGGGAAUUCUUCUGACCGCUGCCCUCUCUCCCAGGUAGUGAGAGGGUAUCUAAGUUUGGGACAUGUGACCACAACUCUGAAGGAAGAUGGCUGGGGUAGAGGAGAGACUGGUUCUAUUUCCCCAAGGAAAAGCAGUGCAUGGGCCGAAAAGGCUGGUAUUGAAGAAUGAGGAUCAGGGGAAACUUGGUUCUUUGUGUGUUGGCUCCUGUGGCCUGCCUCAAUUCCUUGUGCACAGUGUUCCUCUACCCAUCCUGAACCUUGUUUAUGUGUGUUAACAGUAGGGUUUGUUUAAAAUGGAAUCAUCUAAAGGGAAGCUUUGUGCAAGGGCUCUCUGCAAACAUACAUGCCUGUGCUGAAUAAA